AUGACGGUCGCCAACGACCUGACGCCGCGUGGCCAGCCGCACGGCCACAUGGCUCUCGAGGACCGCUUCGAGGUCCUCAAGGAGAUUGGCGACGGCAGCUUUGGGAGCGUCGUCCUCGCCAGAGUCGCCAUCAAGUCGAUGAAGAAGACGUUUGACUCGCUCGCGCCGUGCCUGGAGCUGCGCGAGGUCGUCUUCCUGCGGACGCUGCCGCAGCACCCGCACCUGGUGCCCGCCCUCGACAUCUUCCUGGACCCUUACACCAAGAAGCUCCAUAUCGCCAUGGAGUACAUGGAGGGCAACCUGUACCAAUUAAUGAAGGCCCGCGACCACAAGUGCCUCGACAACUCGAGCGUCAAGAGCAUUCUCUUCCAGAUCAUGCAGGGGCUCGAGCACAUUCACUCUCACCACUUCUUCCAUCGCGACAUCAAGCCAGAGAACAUUCUGGUCUCGACGUCAUCACACCAAGAAUCAUCAAACUCAUUCCGGCGCUACUCGGCGUUGGUGACUCCUCCGUCCACGCCACCGACGUACACGGUAAAGCUGGCCGACUUUGGCCUGGCCCGCGAGACUCACUCCAAGUUGCCGUACACGACGUACGUGUCCACGAGAUGGUACCGGGCGCCCGAGGUGCUCCUCCGGGCCGGUGAGUACUCGGCCCCCGUGGACAUUUGGGCCGUCGGCGCCAUGGCCGUCGAGGUCGCCACCCUCAAGCCCCUCUUCCCCGGCGGAAACGAGGUGGACCAGGUAUGGAGGGUCUGCGAGAUCAUGGGCAGCCCGGGCAACUGGUACAACAAGGCCGGCGUCCGCGUCGGUGGCGGCGACUGGCGCGACGGCACCAGGCUGGCCGGAAAGCUGGGCUUUUCGUUCCCCAAGAUGGCUCCCCACUCCAUGGACACGAUCCUGCAGUCCCCCCAGUGGCCGCCGGCCCUGAGCAACUUUGUGACCUGGUGCCUCAUGUGGGACCCUAAGAACCGCCCGACGUCCACCCAGGCCCUCAACCAUGACUACUUCCUGGACGCUGUGGAUCCCCUGCGGCCCAAGUCGUCAGCGUCCAAGAUUCUCGGGCGGAAGCAGUCGGACCUCGGACGGGCCUCCAAGGACGGCUCCUCCACCUCGGGCUCGUCGAAGCCCUCGUGGUUCCGCAAGUCCCUGAUCGGGGGCCGCAGCGACGCGACGGAGCCCGCCCCAGCUCAGGCGCAGGUCAAGGACACGCCGUCGCAGCGCCCGCCGGUGAUGCACGCGUCGACGACGCCCGAAUUGAUGGCCAGCAGCAAGCCGCGGCCGGGCGCCAACAAGCGCAGCACCUGGAGCAACGGGCUGUCCAACAACGCGGCGCCCAUGCCCAUCCUGCCCACGAUCCGGCCCAUCUCGCCGCUCUCGGACGCGGUAACUGCCCGUGCCAACAACGGCCUGCCCGAAGCUAGCGCUAAUAGCCGCGGCCAGGAAAAGUCCAAGAAGAUUGGCAGGCAACUGUCGCUGGCGUCGACAUCAAAGUACACGGAGCUGCACCGCCAGCAGGCCGAGCGGGCCCUCAACGGCAACACGGGGCUGGCCUCGCCGCCGAGCGGCCACAAGGAGAGCUUCUUCUCGCACCUGCGCAAGCGGGCCAGGCGCUUCUCGGGGCGCCACCAGACGCCCGUCUCGCCGUCGUACGAGGACAUGGAGGCCCAGAUUGGCUGUGGGCCGUGGGCGAGCAACCGGUCGUCCAUGGUGGUCGACCAGCAGAACCCCAUCCCCAAGGCCGAGGUCUACGAGUCGCUCGAUAAGGCGCUCCGCGAUGUCCAGAACAACACGGACGCGCGGUCCCCCAUGCCCCUGAGCCACCAGCAGUCGAGCAGCAAGCUCAAGAGGCACCACUCCCUCCCCCAGCACCAGGCCCGCUCCGUGGACAACCUGAUUGGCGCCGCCCGCAACGGGCCCAUUUCCAGCCGGACUCGGCGGGCGCAGGCGGCGCACGGCGUGCAGCAGUACGAGGCGCCGGCCGAGGAGGACGAGCUCCUCGACGAGGUCCUGACGUCGACUCAGCGCGCCAUGAACCGCAUGGACGGCGCCGGCAAGCCGCUUAGGCAGUCGGCUAGCAACCUGGGCCUGACGACGACGCCACACCCUUACCCCAGCCCGUCGCCCUCGGCCAACGGCAACCAGGUCAUCUACGGAGAGGGACACGAGGCCCUGACGCCAAAGCCCCUGGACCUGAGCAAGAAGACGGACGACCAGUACAAGUGGCCCACGCCUCCUUACGAAGGCAGCGAGUGGGGGGCGUCUGCGUCGGCGAGCAUCUGGGCCGCCGGGAGCAGAUUCUAG